CGUAGAACCUUGUAAGUUAAUAAGACACUAUUAAGAACAUUGCACAUGUUGGUAACUUCCUUGUUUUCCGUUUCUGGUACUUGAGUUGGCUACCGCCCUCACUCAGAAAAAUGAUUACUCAAAUGUGGGAAUCCAUCACCAUCCCACCAUCCUCACAGCCACUAAACCAAAAUCCUCCUAAGCCUCGGUACUCUCACAUGCCCAACACUCUAUCCUUGCUUGAUAAACCAAUAAGUUCAACCGCCUAUGCUUCAAUUCUCGAAGGCUCCAAUGACCCAAUCCUCGGAAAACAGGUUCAUGCUCAUAUCCUUAAAACUGGGUUUUUUGGCCACGAAUUUGUGGACACCAAGUUGAUCCAAAUGUAUGGGAAGCUUGGUUGUUUGGAAGAUGCGGAUUUGUUGUUUGAUAAAAUGGCGUUGAAGAACUUGUAUUCUUGGACAGCUAUGCUUAGGUUGUAUGUUGAUUAUGGGCUCUUUGAGGAAGCUUUUCAGCUUUUUGAGAAAUUGCAGUUGGAAGAACUUUUAUUGGACUUUUUUGUGUUUCCCGUUGUAUUGAAAAUUUGUAGUGGUCUUGGAAAUGUUGAAGUAGGAAGACAAUUACAUGGGAUUUUGAUUAAGUAUCAGUUUGUUUUAAAUGUUUAUGUUGGUAAUGCUUUGAUUGAUAUGUAUGGUAAAUGUGGAAGCUUGGAUGAUGCUAAGAAAGUUCUAGAGAAAAUGCCUGAAAAGGAUCGUGUGUCAUGGAAUGCUGUUGUUACUGCUUGUGCUACCAAUGGGAAGGUAUAUGAGGCAUUGGGUUUUUUCGAAAGAAUGUCUUCUUUUGAGAAUUUAAGACCAAAUAUUGUCUCUUGGAGUGCCGUGAUUGGGGGUUUCUCGCAAAAUUGUUAUGAUGAGGAAGCCAUUGAGAUGUUGUUUAGAAUGGUAGGGGAAGGCAUAGAACCAAAUGCACAGACUCUAGCGAGUGUUCUUCCAGCUUCUGCUAGAUUACAAAACUUAAGCCUUGGCAAAGAAUUUCAUGGAUAUAUCACGAGGCAUAGGUUUAUGUCUAACGCUAUUGUUGUGAAUGGGUUAAUUGAUUUGUAUAGGAGAUGUGGUGAUAUGACAAGUGCUUUCCAUUUGUUUUCAAAGUUCUCAGUGAAAAAUGUGGUUUCUUGUAAUACAGUGAUUGUUGGGUACUGUGAAAAUGGUAAUGUCUCCAUGGCCAAGGAACUAUUUGAUCGGAUGGAGAUUAUGGCUAUCAAGAAGGACAUAAUUUCAUGGAACUCUAUGAUAUCUGGAUAUGUAAACAACUCCCUAUUUGGUGAAGCUUUGGACUUGUUUAAGCAUGUUCUGAAGGAAGAUGGAAUUGUACCCGAUUCUUUCACUCUAGGGAGUGUUCUAACUGCUUGUGCUGACACAGGUUCUUUGAGACUUGGGAAAGGGAUACAUUCUCAAGCCAUUGUUAGAGGCCUGCAAUCCAAUACCUUUGUUGGUGGAGCUUUGGUCGAAAUGUACUGCAAAUGUCAAGAGCUAAUGGCUGCUCAAAUUGCUUUUAAUGAAGUAACUGAGCGCGAUACAGCAACAUGGAAUGCUUUGAUAUCUGGCUAUGCCCGCUGCAAUCAGAUUGAAGACAUUCAACAUCUGCUUAAAAAAAUGAAAGAAGAUGGUUUUGAGCCAAAUGUUUAUACGUGGAAUGGCAUCAUUGCAGGACAUGUGGAAAAUGACCUACACAACAAAGCCAUACAGUUGAUCUUUGAAAUGCAGACUUCAAAUGUAAGGCCUGACAUUUACACUAUUGGAAUAAUUCUACCUGCUUGUUCAAGGUCUGCUACCAUUGCACGGGGAAAGCAGGUUCAUGCACAUUCGAUUAGAUGUGGUUAUGAUGCUGAUGUCUACAUAGGAGCAGCCCUUGUGGACAUGUAUGCUAAAUGUGGGAGUAUACAUCACGCACUACUAGCAUAUAAUAGGAUUUCAGACCCAAAUUUGGUGUCCCACAAUGCCAUGCUUACAGCGUAUGCAAUGCAUGGACGCGGGGAGGAUGGUAUUGCUCUCUUUAGAGGAAUGCUAGCGAAUGGCUUUAGGCCAGAUCAAGUGACUUUUCUUUCCGCUCUUUCUUCAUGUGUUCAUGUUGGGUCUGUUGAGAUGGGUCAGGAAUUAUUUGAUCUGAUGCAGCAUUAUGAUGUCAAACCCACCAUAAAGCACUAUACAUGCAUGAUUGAUCUGCUAAGUCGAGCAGGUCAGCUUCAUGAAGCUUAUGAACUUAUCCAGAGAGUUCCAAUGGAUGCUGACUCAGUGAUGUGGGGCGCCUUGCUUGGCGGCUGUGUUAUUCAUAAUAAUCUUGAGUUGGGAGAAAUUGCGGCAAAGAGACUUAUAGCAUUGGAACCCAAUAAUUCUGGAAACUAUGUACUGUUGGCAAAUUUAUAUGCUUAUGCUGGAAAAUGGUCUGAUCUAGCAAGAACAAGACAAAAAAUUAAAGAUAUUGGAAUGUUUAAGACCCCAGGAUGUAGUUGGAUUGAGGAUAGAGGUGAUACUCAUGCAUUUCUUGCAUAUGACAAGUCUCAUGAAAGAACAGAAGAUAUCUAUGCCACUUUGGAUAAAUUAACCCUCCACAUGAAAACAGUCACUUUGUAGAUGCAUGACACUUUCUGCUUUGUAUCAUUUUCUAC